AUGGCCUGGGGUGCCGCGAAGGCGGACGAUGGCGAGGUUAAGAGCAUCGCGCUCCGAACGCACUCCCUGAACCAGCCGUACCUCGAUUCCGACAUGGCGAGUAGAUGGUACGACUUUGGAGGAGACACUAUUAUUCGAACAGACUCGGGUUACCACAGCUACAUCCGCUUAACGUCCGACCGUCCGUCGCAAACGGGCUGGCUCUUUAGCAGAGUGCCUCUGACCGCGACCAACUGGGAGAUUGAAGUCGAGUUCAAGAUUCACGGCAAGAACCAGCUCUACGGCGACGGCUUCGCCAUGUGGGUGACCAAGUCUCGCGGCACCCAGGGCACUGUCUUCGGCAGCCCGGAUAACUUUGAGGGUCUCGGUAUCUUCUUCGACACGUACAAGAACAACCGCCCCGGCACCGUGUUCCCCUAUGUCAUGGCCAUGUACGGCGACGGUAAGACGGCCUACGACAAGGACAACGACGGCAAGGGCACGGAGCUCGCGGGCUGCUCGGCGCGCGGCAUCCGCCAUGCCAGCGUGCCGACCAAGGCCAAGGUGACGUACUUCCAGGACAAGCAGCUCAAGCUCGAGCUGCAGUACAAGUCCGAGGGCGACUGGACGCUGUGCUUCGAGACGGAGAGCCCGCCCGCCAUCCCGCAGAUCGCGUACCUCGGCUUCAGCGCCGAGACGGGCGAGCUGAGCGACAACCACGACAUCAUCUCGAUCCAGGCCAAGAACCUCUACACGACGCAGACGGGUAAGGGGUCCAGCAAGACGACGCCGGGCAGCGGCAAGGGUAAGAAGGGCUCCGGAUCUGUCAAGCAGCCCAAGGAGGGCGGCAGCUGGACGUGGUUCUUCCUCAAGGUCUUCCUCUUUUUCGGUCUCGUCGGCGGUGGCUACGUUGGCUACACUGCCUGGAGGGCGAAGAACGACAAGAGACACCGCUUUUAA